CUCAGACCACCUCCGACCACCUUCCACCUCCCCACACUCCACCGUUCGUCGGCCUUCCUGAUCCAGGCCGUCGGGCAUGGGAGCUGCAUGUUGCUCUCAAGCUGAGCCGGGGCAGAAGGAGCAGGUGCCGGGCAACCCGCCCUUGGAUCCCACCAAGAGCGCCAAGCUAGCUCCUGGAGCUCCCGGGCCCGCUUCGAGUCCGGCGCCUGUGGUGGCCAGUGAUGGAGACGGCUAUAACUACAAGGUGUUUCCAGAUGGAUCCAGAUAUGAAGGUCAAUGGAAAGACGGGCUGAAGCACGGGAAGGGACGCUUCAUCUACCCUGAUGGCGACGUCUACGACGGUGAGUGGCAAGAUGGGAAGGCCCAUGGCCACGGGACGUACACUUCAAAGCAGUCCAAGUACGUGGGGGACUGGCAGAGUGACCUCAAGCACGGCCAAGCCGUCGAGGAGUGGGACGACACGUCAAAGUACACCGGCACCUACUCUCAUGGGCAGAAGCAUGGCAAGGGCAGGUUUGAAUGGCCUGAUGGCUCCGUCUACGACGGCGAGUUUCGCAACAACAACGUGGAAGGUGAAGGGACCUUCACCUGGAAGGAUGGACGACAGUACAAGGGUCAAUGGGUGGACAACCGAAUGCACGGCGAGGGCCGUUACGAGUGGCCUGAUGGGAGAGCCUAUGAAGGUCAGUACAUCAACGACCUCAAGGAAGGGGAAGGGACCUUCCUUUGGGCUGAUGGGCGGAAGUUCACCGGGCAAUGGAAGGACGGCAAACAGCAUGGCGUUGGGGUGUUCCGCACCGCCCACGGCGACCAGCGCACCGGCGAGUGGAGAGAGGGCGUGCGAGUCUGUUGGGUGGACGAGGCGCCCAACAACGUCCAAGCAUAGAACGUUGCGGCAGAAGGGACGAGGCAGUGCCAGAAAUGGACGAGGCAGUGCCCUUAUCUAUUGGAACGGUUCCCGGGAGAAGAGAGAGCCCUAGUCGUU